AUGUCAGUGAAUGAAGCUGUGUGGUCAAACUACAGUGAUAAUCUAAUGGAGGCUGUGAAAGAACCGGAGGAUAUUUUAACCUUCCGUCAAAAACAACCAGAAAAAUUCAAGUCCAUUUGUGCUUCUCAGCUCUCUUUUGUACUCGAAACACCUUUUGAUAUUUUAUCUGACAUUGAAAAUCAAAACAAUAUCAAAGGUACUCCCAUGAAGCAGUUGCUCUCUCGUACAAGGCGUAAACUUGGUGAUCUUCAACCCCUAAAGCUAACUCCCACUCUUCUGAAUCGACUCAAUUAUCUGAUGGCUGUGCUUGAAGAUGCCGGCGCACAUUUUGUGGAAGGAAUUUUCAGGAAAACGGGAAACUUAACUCAACAAAGAGCUGUUGCAGAUGCCCUACUUCUUUCCGAUUUCAACUGCACAACAUUUCCAUGGCAUGAGUACUCUGCUCAUGAACUUGCUGGUGCUCUCAAAUCAAUAAUCAGCCACUUGGAGCAACCCCUCCUUACAAAUGGACUAAUUCCCUUUUACCUUCAAGCAGCCAGAUUGUGGAACCGAAAUUCAUUGGUUGUAAAAGAUGACGAGUCUCCGAAUGUGGCGCUAAUGAAACGGUACACGUACAGUAAACAAGUGAACGCUUUGCGCAUUCUCAUCCUUCUCUUGCCCCAAAUGCACAAAUCUCUCCUUCAAAGACUCUUUGCGCUACUUCACCGUGUGACUUCCCAAGUUGCGCGGAAUCGGAUGUCUCCUCUCGCCCUUGGAACCGUCUUUGGGCCAGUUUUAGUACCCUCCGUCUUUUCAGAAACCUUUACAGUAGUUGAUGGCUUCCAAAAUCAGAAUUCCGACAUCCAAGAUGCUAUCACACUGGCAACGCGAAUGAUCGAGCUCAACAAAGAACUGUUCCUCUUACCAACCCGAUUGAUCAAUGACAUUCGAGAUAAUAACCUGCCCAAAACGCCAACAAGACACUCCAAGCCACGCGAGAAAAGGUUAGAGUCGGUUUGGUGCUCGCCCUAUCGACGAGGUCACGCCUCUAGACGGUCAUCUUCUCCAAUCAAUACUAACAUUCGAUACGCCCAUAUCGGAUACAGCACACCUCAACAGUUUCAUGAUGUCUCUAAUACCAUCACUACCAGCUCGUCCCCGGUGUCUACAGAGAAAAUAAACACUUGUGACAAAUCCAUCGGAGCCAAACUGGCCGGUUACGUAUAG